AUGAAAUCCUCUCUCUUAAAUUUUCUCUAUAGUUGCAAAUCCCUUAAAUCGCUAAAAUCUGCUCAUGCUUCACUUCUAGUAAACGGUUUAUUUGCUACAUCGGACAUCGUGCUCAACAAGAUUAUUCGUCUCUACUUCCGUUUUGGAUCCGCCCACGUCGCUCACAAGGUGUUCGAUGAAAUAUCCCAACCAAAUGUCUUCCUAUGGACAUCUAUGAUUCAUGGGCAUGUCGAAAACAAACUCUAUUCGCAAGCGUUUUUACUCUUUCUUAGAAUGCUUCGAGAUUCAGUUGCGCCUCUGAAUUAUACUAUAACUACAGUGCUCAAGGGUUUAGCUAGAGAAGCCAGAUUAAGAGAUGGCGAGGUGGUUUACGGAUUUGUGAUAAAAUGUGGGUUUGAUUUAGAUACAACGGUACAAAAUUCUAUGCUUGAUUUUUUUAUGAGAUGUGAGAAAACUGAUCUGGCUAGAUGUCUGUUUGAAGAGAUGCAUGAAAAGGAUAUUGUCUCCUGGAAUUCAAUGAUACUCGGGUAUUGCAACAAUGGCAGAAUAGACAUUGCUCGUGAGUUAUUCAGUAAAAUGCCUGAUCAAAAUGUCAUCUCCUGGACCACCAUUAUACAUGGGUAUGUGAAACUUGGUGACAUGAAAGAGGCACGCCACCUGUUCGAUGAAAUGCCUGUUAAAGAUUUAGCUUCAUGGAACGUGAUGCUAUCUGGGUAUGUUGACUAUGGUGACAUUGACAAUGCUAUUUAUAUUUUUAACACAAUGCCUUUCUCUGAUCUUGGAUCUUGGAAUUUAAUCAUCUCUGGAUGCUGUAAAAUUGGAAAUCUUGAAUCUGCAAGAAACUAUUUUGACAAAAUCCCAAGUAAAAAUGUAGCUUCUUGGACAAUUAUGAUAGAUGGGUACAUGAAAUCUGGAAAUGUCAAUGAUGCAAAGGUUUUAUUCGAUCAAAUGCCUGAAAGGAAUUUAAUUUCUUGGUCUACAAUGAUUGGGGGUUAUGCUAAAAAUGGAGAACCAAAAACUGCUUUAGAGUUGCUUAAAUUAUUCAAAAAACAAUCGAUUAAGCCAGAUGAAACCUUUAUCCUAGUUGUAAUUUCAGCUUGUUCACAGUUAGGCGUUUUAGAUGCUGCUGAGUCAGCAAUCUGUGACUACGUGGGUCCCGAUCUUUUCUCCAAUUUACACAUUGCCACUAGUUUAGUUGACAUGUAUGCUAAAUGUGGAAACAUUAAAAAGGCUAUAGAUAUUUUCAAAAUGAUUAACAAAAAAGACUUGUAUUGCUACACUACCAUGAUCACAGCCUAUGCAAAUCACGGGUUAGGUCAAGAGGCGAUUUCAUUAUUUGAAAAAAUGAAAAAAGACAAUUUAACCCCCGAUGAGGCGACAUUUAUAGGGGUUUUAACUGCUUGUAAUCAUGGAGGCCUUAUUGAUGAAGGGUGGAAAUAUUUUAAAGAAAUGAAAAAUGAAUAUGGGAUUGAACCGAUAGAUAAACAUUAUGCAUGUAUGGUUGAUUUAUUAGGGCGUAGUGGGUGUAUUCAUGAUGCUUAUAAGUUAAUAUGUGGAAUGAAGGUGGGACCCACAGCUGCGGUUUGGAGUGCUUUGCUGGCGGCUUGUGGUGUUCACCGCCAUGUUAAAAUGGCGGAAGUGGCGGCGGGUGAGUUGUUUAAGAUUGAGCCGGAGAAUUCAGGGAAUUAUGUUCUUUUAUCGAAUGUUUAUGCGGGUUUGGGGGAGUGGGAGAAUGUUGGGAAAAUUAGGGCAAUGAUGAGGGGGAAUUGGGUGAGGAAGAAUAGAGGUUCGAGUUGGAUUGAGUUAGAAUGUGUGGUGUAUGAGUUUGUCAUGGGAGAUUUUGAGUAUUUAAAUUGUGAGAGAGUAAAAUUUAUUUUGGAUUUGCUUCGUGAAGAAAUGGAAGUUGAGGAUUGA